UAUUCGCUUGAAAGUGUAGUGAAAAUGAUAAAAAGUAUUUUAGUUUUUUUUAUAGUUUGCUGUAUUGUGGAUCUAUCAUCCUCAGUACCUAUCAGGCAAAUAACAGAAUGGUCUACUGUGAGCUCUGAAAAUUCCACAGCAAUACCAAGAACAGGAUUUCCAUCAACAGAACCUAGUGAACCUACAACAGCAGGACCAAAACCAUUUUCAGUUCGUCUGGUAACCAGUAAUGUACCUAGUGAACAAUAUAUCAUUGAUGCAAUUGGAAUCCUUCAACUAUAUUUGGAAGAAGAUAAUGACUUUGACGUGGCAGUAAAUAGAUUCCUUUCAACUUUCAAAAAAAAACAUGACACACAAAUUUGGAAACUUUCAAGCGGUUGCAAGAUAUUAACUCUUCCUAAUGACACCACUUAUAUCAAAUUACGUGAAACAUACACCAAUACUGAAGUGAAUCUUUUUGUAUGAUAAUAUCUGUUUUUUGCUUAUUUAGUAAAUAAUUUACUUUGGUGUGAGAGAA